CUCAAGGGGAGAGAGAUGCAAAAAGCUGUGACAUCCUCGUCAUGAAUUAAGUAUCAGGAUGAUUUCCACGACACUCCUACUCACCGAGACUUGACAGAGACCUCCAGCGUACAGUAUGAAUAAUGGACUUUUGGUCUCGUCUCAUCGGAGGUGCUCCCUCCUCCACUGGGUCCCUUCGCCGCAACGCUACUACCGAGCGUCAUACCACGUUUAAACACAUCUACAAUGCCCUCUAUCAAAUAUGGCGCAAUUCCGCUUCCCUCACUCCAGACUCCUCGUCCAUCCCUCGCAUACGAACCUGUAUCGACCGCCUCAAUGCGAUCCUCAGCGAUGAAUCCCGAGGGCCAUCGCCGCAUCCAUGCCUCGCCUUCGCUGCUACCUCGCAGGUCUAUCUGACCAUCGCCAAGCUUGCCUUGACGACGUACGAUCCCCGCAUCGUAUCCGCGACUGCCGUUUUCUUUAACAUGUUGAUCGAUGCAGAGGUCGACGGCAUCGUCGAUAACCGGACAUUUUCGAGGGCACUGGUGGACUUGGCGCGACGAGCAAGCUGUGCGGGCGAAGAAUGCGAAGGAAAACUGGUAGAAUUGAUAUUCGGAGUUGCCAACAAUAUCCGACUACGACCAAACAUCCUACCAGCGUGGUUCUUCCCAAAGGGUUCUCAAGAAGAAGAGCUGGAGAUAAAAGAGGCCGGCGAAACUUUUGCAGGGGCAACUAGGAAGGAGGAGUUCCCUCUGUUCUAUUUACUUCUGGAUUAUGUCCACUGUGCCGGAAGAAAAGGCGAUUUCGCCCGCACCGGCCUUCUAUAUAUAAUUGAAACCGCUUCCAAGUCAAAGGAUCUCGAGCGUUGGCUUAUUGAGAGCGAUAUGGCUACACUGAUGGCGACUGGGCUUGGAGGCUUGUACAGUCAGCUGGGAAGAAUAUUGCCCCAGGCUCACGAUUUAGAUAUCCCACCUAUUAUCGCUCUGUCCGACGAUACUCGCCUGGAGGCUUUCAUUCGAUACGAUCUAGGCGGUAAUAUGGAUUCUUUCCUUUCAUACCUUUUGUUUUGGCAGGAUGCCGUUGACCACUGCAAGUCCGUCGAAUUGAAUGAUACCCUUCUAGACCAUUUCCAAGUUCUAUUUCUUGAGCAACUCUUAUACCCAUCGCUACUCGAGUCUUCCGACGUUGACGGAGGCUCGACGCCAGCUGUCAUCACGUACUUGUCCCGGAUCUUGGAGUCUAUCGAUCAACCCGAACUCAUCCACCGAAUUCUGCAUUUCUUGUUAGCAUCUCCGUCUGAGGGUGAAGCCAUAACAACCAAGCCUGUGGAGCAACCGAAGAUGUCAGUUAGCCGUCGCAAGUCACUCGACAUCCUAUCAUCCUUCGCAGAAGCUGCGGCAAUACCGUCACCUACUCUGUUCAACCUGGUGGACCUGGUAUCGAUGAGCAUUAAAUCACAAAACAACCAAACCCUUGUGGCCACGCUAAGACUUAUCACAGCCAUCAUGCAACGUCAUCACCACUUCGCCAGCUCGCUCAUAAAGACGUCGACAAGGUUGGAAGCGACUCCAAAUCUGAGGACUCUUGGGGCUUUGAAUGCUGAAUUGCAGCAGCUUUUCAGUUUCGCAACCACGAUUUAUGAUAGCCCUUCACUUGAUCAAUCCUACGGGAGUUACCUCGCCAGCGCAUCCGGGGCGCUCUCUUCUCGAGCAUCAAUGAUGCUUUGGAGCAACUUAUCCGAUUCUAACCAGGAGAGCCCAUCGAUUCUCCAGGUUGACGACACCAUUUUCAGGGGAAUGCUGGAUCUUCUGAGGAGUUUUUUCACCAACAACGUUAUCACGAACCUUGCUUUAACAAGUUCGGUGACGGCUUUGGCAUCUUCGAACCUAGUCUCUUUAGAUGGCUGGCUCCUGGUCCCCGCAGAGAAAUAUCGACAUUUACAAGACUUGAGAAAGACUCGGGAUUCGGCUGAGCCGUUCAACCGACCUCUCAGCCCAGAGUGCCGAGAUCCUGACAGCCAGCUGAAUGGUGCAUACGCACAUCCUUCUUGGCCCCACGAUGAUUCCCCAGCUUUGACAUUAGUGUUGUCUGCGCUGGUUGAGCAAGUUCAAAGUUGGCGUGAAUCAAUACCCGAUUUUGAUGCCUUAUUAGCAGGCCGACGAGAGUUGCUCCACAUCAGGGAUCCAGAGACAGUCGCAGCGGACCCAGCGAUGGAAAUGGGAGCGCAUUUAUCAGAUGAGUCGAGUGGUCUUGCGGGGAUGAAAGGGGAUCCCAGUAUGGAAUUUUCCAGAGGGCGACGAUCAUCGCAGAGGCAAAGGGUGGGGGAGAAUUCCUCAUCGCUCUUCGCGCGCUCUCAGUCAAAGCGCCCUAUUUCCCCGACCCGCAAUCUAUCAUCUCACCGUCCAUCGUCACAGUCACCUUCCAAAUCCUGCCUGCGUUCGCACCCCGUUGGCCUCCAUAGACGCCUUGCAAGCCCUAUAUCAACCGAGUCUACCCGUUCCUUGAGUCGAAGAUCUGAGCAUCUGGACGUCGCUCCUGCGCCCACCGCUUCUGGAAAUGUAGAGACUCCAAACGACGACGUGGCAGGCGAAACGAAUGGGGACUGUGUGACGCUCGGGCAUGUGUUAACGAACAUCGUUAUAUUGUACGAAUUUAUCCUUGAGCUUACAGCACUGGUCCAGAUGAGGGCAAGCAUGUUCCAGGAGGUGAACUUCCACGCAAUCAGUAGACCGUUGUGAGAAAAGCCGUCGUACUCCCAGCUCUCACAUGACACGGUGGAAUUGUUCCGACAA